AUGUCGACUACAAAGUGUCGUAUUUGCAAUGAGGAGACGAAUGAGGAGGAUGUUCAGGAGCUCAGCUGCCACCACACAUUCUGCAACCUGUGUAUGACAGUUUAUCAAGGAAUUCUGUGUCCAGUUCGAUUCUGUGAAGGUACUCGAUCAACUGAUGUGAUUGUGGAUGAGAUGGAAGGGAACAGUGGAUCACAGAUCUCGUUUGGAGCUGCCACGUCCACAUUGUUCAAAAUUGAUAUGAGAGAGAAAUUGAAAUGCGAAGCGCGAAAGAAAGGACACGCAUGUGAGAAUAUCGCCCGGAUGGUUCUCACUCAUUGUCGUCAUCGUCUUUGUUAUGAUUGUCUCCUGAAUCGAGUCAUGUUUGCACUGGAGAAAAAGUUUCCACCAAGAUGUGCCAUCAGCCGUUGCGCCAACACUUUGUCAUGGUCGGAGAUCCAAUCAAUGGCUUGCCACACGAAUCAAUUCAAUCGUAUCCAUGAACUGGCUCAAAAACAAUCGAUAAUGUUCAUUCUGCCAUGCGAGAAGCGUCCGAAUGAAUCGGAAUUAUUGAUUGAAUGUUAUCUGUAUACGAAUGAGAAUAAUAUGAAGACAAUUGUCCUUCCGAAAGUGAUUGUCGUUGUCGAUGCGAUCACUGCAAUCGUUCAGUUGUUGAGAGUUUCCAGUUCGAAAUCUCUCUCGGCAAUUGAUGUUUAUGUAAGGAAAGCAUGUACUGAGAAGAGAGGAAAAUACAAGUACGAGAAGGUUCCAACAGAUGGGAAAAUGACAAUUAAAGAAGCCGGAUGGGCGGAUAAAGCAGGUGGAGGAGAGGUCUCGAAGGUGACCGUUGUAAUCGAUGCCGACCGUCAAAUUGUUCGUCUUCGUUGA